AUGAACACCGCGGCCGCUAUUCCCGUCCCCAACGAGCGAGUCUCGGCGCCUGCACCACGCUCUCCGCCGCUGCAAGUCGCUGCAGCAGCAGCCAACGCAAGGAGAGAGGCGGGGUCUUCUGAGACAGCUCAAAAGUCAGCAGCAGUAGCAGCUGCAGUCGCAGCGGCUGCUGUAGCAGCAGCAGCAGCAGAGGCGAGGAGGGAGGAGGCGAGGAGGCAGCAGGCGGUGCUGUCAAGCCGAGUUAUGGCGACUCUACAGAUGGGGGCAGGCAGCGAGGACGAGAGGCGGCAACUGUUAGCUCUCCUGCUGGCGCUGAAGCAGGUGGAGGAGCAGCAGGCGCAGGAAGCGCAGCAGCAGACGCAGCAGAAGCUGAGGCAGAACGCACGGAAGCGGCAGAGGCGGCAGAGGGCGAUGGGAGGUCAAGGGUUGUCAGGAAACCCUCAGUCGCCGCAAGUGCAGCAGCAGGAGCAGCAGCAGCAGCCUGAGCAGCAGGAGCAGGAAGGAAGGAAUGAGGAGCACCGGCUCUUAGCUAGCUCGCCUUUUCUCGCGGGAGCAAGUCCUGACCUCCACGAUGUAGGUGUAAUGGGACGCAUGGACGGGCGGGGAGGGGAGAGGAGCGGCAGCGGUGGCAGCAGUGGUGGUGGCAGCGGUAUCGCCAGUGGUAUUGGCAACGGUGUUCGGACUGACCCGGAUUUUUCACAGCGUGGUGUUGGGAAUGACGUAUAUUUUUCACCUCGUGGUGUUGACAAGAGCCUCACCAGUGCUCUGAGUAAUGAGAUUCGUCUUAACGCAAUGCGUGACAUCAACAGUGGCGUUUUCAGCGGUGGAGCUGCUGUGAACGUUGGGGCAACGAACGCUGGCAACGUGGGGAGGAAGAGAAGAAGCCCUGACGCCCUGGAUGACGGCGCUACAGCCGCUCCCCAGUGGCAUCACGGCAUGCAGACCCCCGCCGGCUGCUACAGCCGCAGCGUGCUUGAGCAUGCGAACCAGAGCGGUGUGCUGGAUGGCAUGCUCUUAAAGGAUGCAGACUCAGCGCCAGUGGGGGCAGCGCCAGUGGGGGCAGCGCCAGUGGCGGCAGCACAGGCACACCCUACCUUGUUCGGUGCCGAACAAGAGGAUCAAGAGCCGGAGCAUGGCGGAGCGGCGGAGGAGGGAGAGGAUCAGUGA